AAAAAAGCGUCCAGGAUGCACAGUGCGAUUCUAUACCAGCAGUGUCAAAAGGAUUGGCAUCAAUCCUGUUACUACUUAAGCUAGUUUUUAAUUUUCUGUACGCAGUGGAUUUGCAGCUGCCAUCAGCCAUGCAGUAAAUCUGCAGUAACUCCUCUGAAGCCAAUGUAAUCACCCAAGGAAGGAAGACAUCUGGGCUUGUGGGUCCAGCUGAACAGAUCACGUUUGCUGCGGGACAUAGCAAUGUAAUGUGGCAUGGAUAAAUGAGGCCAAUUACAAUGGGCUUAGUUCUGAUCCUCCACUCAUCGAGCACCACACAGAAGAAUAGUAUAAACCGCAUCAUUCACUGCAAGUUUUAUACGAAUUUAGGACUGAGAGAAGGGCCUGAAGUGUAAAUCUCCACGUUUUAAGAAAACGCAUCCUGUGUAAUAUGGACCUAAACCAAAACCGAGAGUCAGAUGAACACGAGGGCCAGGGACAUCUGAAUCCACGACAAAACGUCAUGAUGAGGCCUUACCUCAGCCAUGAACAGAACCAUGAUGAAAUAAGAUGUUCAAUGCCAUUUCUGUACACAGACUACAGCUGCGAUUCACUUCCAGUCCAGACCAGGCUCCCAUUUCCAUCUGAGUUCCCAGACCUGCUCGAUUUAUCAGCCACAGUCAAGAGUAUCUUUGUGUGAGCAAAAGUCUGACUUACUUUUAACAGUGAGCAGAUGCUGGAGGGUUCUGAGGAACGUAGGAAAAGGAAUUAGCUCCGCGGAUCGCCUCGGUCCAGGAGAAGGGGCAAGGUGACCUCUUGUGGCCUCUGUUCUAUGUGGCUUCAUAAAGUGGGGUUAUGGAGACUUCAAAUGAUCAGUCAGUGGUUGGAGUCCAGAAUUAUUUGGAGAAGGCAGCGCAGAACCUAAAACCCGUUGUUCCCAUCAAGUUCUGCAUCUCCAGCCGAACAGAUGCUGGCGUCCAUGCACUCUGCAACUCUGCUCACCUUGACAUCCAGAGGGCACCGGGGAAGCCAGCUUUUAAUGAGAAACGGCUCAUCUAUUCUCUUAAUUACCACCUGAAGCCUGAGCCAAUCCGCAUUUUGAAUGCCUAUCGAGUGACCAAUAGCUUCCAUGCACGCUUCUCUGCGCUGUCAAGAACCUACAUUUAUCGUCUGUUGAUGGGCUGCACUCAUUAUUCUGAAAUACCAGUGUUCGAAAGGGAUCUCUGCUGGGCUCCUGCUGGAGGCUACCUGAAUGUGCCUGCCAUGCAGGAUGCAGCACAGUUCCUGCUGGGAACCCACGACUUCAGCACCUUUCGCUCACUUAACUCUGAAACGCCUUUUCAGUCUCCAGUCAGAACCCUCCUCCAGGCAGACAUCCGACCUUCUUCUGGUUUUCUGUCCCACCACUAUGAACACAGGGGACUGGAGUUUUGGGAGUUGAAGUUCAGGAGCAGAUCAUUUCUUUACCGACAGGUCCGAAGAAUGGUUGGGGCUUUAGUUGCAGUCGGCCAGGGAAAGUUAACGCCUCUUCAUAUAAAGAAUUUACUGGAAAUAAAAGAUUCACGGGCUUUUCCACCAAAUGCCAUGGCUCCGCCAUCUGGACUCUUUCUAAAAUCAGUGGAAUAUGAUGAAGCAGAUUUGGAUGCUACAGUUGGCCCAGGAGAAUAGCAGCUCUGUGAGAUACAGCCAUGUCUGAAAGGACUGUUGUGGAUAUGUGAUGGAGGUUUGCCAAGCGCACUACACAAUACGCAGUCUUGUCUCAAUAAAAAUCAUUGACGGUGA